AUGGAUAAGACGCUUGGAGAAGAAGAUGAAAACGAGGACGAAGGAGAACGGGUCCGUGGGAGCACCCGGAAUGAGGUGUCGGGAACUCCGAUAAGAGGUAUGGUGUGUGCAGCAGUUCUGACAGCACGGAGGGGUGAGACUCAGCGAGGGAAGUGGGGCUCGGGCAGAUAACCCGGCAGAAUAUGCUGAUCUGGCGUCAGGAAGCACAGAGUUUGUGGCGUUGCAUGAACUUUCUGAGUGGACCCCAAACACCAGCGCAGCAGUUUCUGCCCCCCUCUAAUUACAGGAAACAGACCCAGAGUGUGUCAGGGCUUCCUCUGCUGGUCCUGCACACUUCUGCUUCUUCAGAAUCAGGUCCAGGCGCCAUGAGUCGCUGCUGUGUGGUUCAGGUUGUCACCUUGACGGAGAUGCAGCUGCUGCAGGUUCAGAGCCAACUAGAGAACUCCAAGUUCCACCUCCAUCAGAACCAGAAUCAGCAGGUGAAGCAGUAUCUGACACUGAGCACCAAGCUGGCAUCCGCGGCCGGGCAGGGACACGCCCCUGGCCCUCCUCUGGCCACGGUGCCCAUCAUGAGGAACAGUCACAUGACCAGCGUGAGUGACAGCAGCAGCCCCAACAGCCCUGUCACACUGCUCACCAUGGCCAACCACGACAGUGAGUUUCCGAUGGAUGAAGUUAUUGAUGACCUCAUUAGUCUUGAGUCCGGGUUCAAUGACGGGGGCGUGGAUUGUUUGGAUCCAAAGAUCAUGAUGCAAAACAACGUGUCGCUCAGUAGCAGCAUGCUGGACGUCUAUGGGGGUGAACAAGGUAUGAACGCCGCUAAUGGUGGAAUGAGUCCCACAUCUAACCCUGCAAAGCUCACUGUUAAGAGGGAAUACACAGAGCACGACACCCGAGUGAUGGCUAAAGAGCGACAGAAGAAGGACAACCACAACCUCAUUGAACGCAGGCGGAGAUACAACAUCAACUACAGGAUAAAGGAGCUGGGAACCCUUAUUCCGAAGUCCAAUGAUCCCGACAUGCGCUGGAACAAGGGGACCAUCCUGAAGGCGUCGGUGGAGUACAUCCGCUGGCUCCAGAAAGAGCAACAGCAUGCACGCGAGCUGGAGGGCCGGCAGAAGAAGCUGGAGCAGGCCAACCGACGCCUGCUGCUCCGGAUCCAGGAACUGGAGAUUCAGGCUCGAGCACAUGGUCUCCCCAACAUGGCAACAGCGCUGGGGUCUGCAGAGGUCCCAACACACCUCCUCAAGCAGCAGCAGCAACAGCAGCAACAGCAGCAACAGCAGCAGCAGCAGCAGCAGCAGUCAUCAACGCAGACCCCCCUCUACCAGGAAGACCCCAACGCUGACUACCUUCAGAGGAUUGCCGUGGUGGCCGGGGUGCCCUCCCUGGCUUCAUCUGGAGCCGUCGCCCAGGCCGGACAGCCUGACCACCUCUCAGGGGCGGACGGCUGCACCACCUUCUCUGACCCUCUGUCUCACUUCACGGACUUCUUCAGCGCCACACUCAAAGAGGAGCACCGACUGGACGAGAUCCUCAUGGACGAUGCGCUGUCCCCCUUCGGCGCAGACCCGCUGCUCUCGGCCAGCUCGCCAGGGGCCGCGUCCAAAGACAGCAGCCGUCGCAGCAGCUUCAGCUCGGCUGAGGGAGAUGAACUCUAAUGUUGGAAGAGGGCUCCGAGACCCUGUCUGGAACAUCAAACCUCUGCAGCACCUGAGACCCCUGGGCUGUCUUCAAGCCAAAAAAUGGAAUGGAGAAGAAUUCAUAUUUUUGCAUCAGUACCAUUCCAAAAAUUGGAUGUGUAACGAGUCAUACAUCUCCAAACUGCAACUGAACUAAAUGACAUUCUUCACAACAGAACCAAAUUGUCUCUGGUAAAUAUGCUGUAGGUGAAAUACUGGUAAUGUGUCCUCCAGAAGAACAAGGACCACCACAAGGCUCAAGUUUUGGUCCAACCCUCCAAACAUAUUCCUGCCAACAGGAUGUUGGCCCAGAAGAGAUAAAACAAGAAGAGCAAGAAGAGAAAAGCACACCGGUCCGAAGAAGGAAAAUGACCCAAAAAUGUAAAUGUAUAGACGCAACUGGUGUUUAGCUGUUUUAAGUAAUUUAAAACAAAAAAUAUUUUGGGACAUUGUCUCUUAGUUGGCCUCGGUUGGACAGGAUAUUCCACUUUUCCUGAUCAAUAGAUGGGUGGAUGGAUGGGUGCAAGAAUUUAGAAAAGUACCAAAUAGAUGAAAAUAUAAUCUUAAGCGCUUUGCAAGUUCAAAAUGUUCACUACAUAAUUUUUUUCCACAACUGCACGCAUGGAACUUCCAAACAUUAAAACGUGACCACAAGAUGAAAUGUAACCAUCGACUAUGCAAAUGUAUAAGGAAUAUUGUGGUUGUGUCAACAGGGCAAAGAACAAGCCAAAGGUGAUGAGUGUUUUUAACUUUUAAUAUAUUUAUACAAGCUUUUAUAUGAACAGACCAAAAUCAUUUUCUGUGCGCGUCAACACCUCAGUGUUUCUGACUCAAAAAGAUGUCAAAGAUGUGAAACGGUGGUGGUGUGGCUGCUCCUCCUCAAACUUAACUGUUUAUAUAUUUAUAUUGUUUUAACCCAGGUAUUCUCAUGAAACUAUUAUUAUUCGUAUGUAACAUGUUAACUUUUUUAUUCUUC